CUUGUCACUUGCGCUCAUGGGUAAGCGCAAAAAGUCGUCGCGCAAACCAACUGGUCCCCGCAGGAAGGAGCCUUUGGAGACUCAAUUCACAUGUCUGUUCUGCCACCAUGACAAGUCGGUCACAGUGAGGCUUGACCGGAAAGAGGGCGUUGCGCAACUCUUCUGCAAAGUCUGCGAUCAGCGCUACCAAAGCAAAGUCAACCACCUUACUGAACCUAUUGACAUCUACUCGGAGUGGAUCGAUGCCGCCGACGCUGCAGAGAAAGAGACGUUGACCAACCGUCGCCCGACAGUGGGAUCAAGUCGAAGUGCCCCAGCUGUGAACUUCGGCAGUGACAACGAGUAAAAGUCGGUUUUGUCAGCUCCUUUAUCCUUGCGCCACUCUGUAGCUCUAUAGACACUCGGACAUUCACUCUGUAUCAUCAUGGAUUAACAGCUUCAUUGAGAAUCCCAGCCGUUUUCGCCGGUCUCGGAUUGCUCUA